CAGAGCUCCGGGGGCGGGACAUCCGGUCUGCUGCGGAUGUGAUAUUAGGGUGAGCAGACAGAAAGGGCUUGGUCGGUCUAACUGUGUGUAACUGUGCAGCUCCGGACCAGCAGAUCAACCGGGCGGACUCUGCUGCUGCUUCUGCCCCGCUAGAGGAGCCUCAUCCCCGGCUAUGCUGCCCUGAGAGCCCCGCCGGUCUCCACCCAACACCCAACAUGUCAGAUGUCAACAAGACUAUUCAGAAAUGGCACAACAGCUUUAAGAAAGCCACAGACUUUGACUCGUGGGGACAAUUAGUGGAGGCUGUAGAUGAGUACCACAUUUUGGCGAGACAACUGCAGAAAGAAGUCCAGUCAACAAAUUCAACAGACUUCACAGAGGAGCAGAAGAAAACUUUAGGAAAGGUUGCAACAUGUCUGGAGAUGAGAGGGGCCAGUUUGCAGUGCACUCAGUCAAAGGAGGAUUUCAAGUUAGAAGAGCUGAAGCGACUGGAAACCAUUAUUCAAAAUAUUCUGACCUACAACAAAGAGUUUCCCUUUGACGUGCAGCCGGUGCCCUUAAGGAAAAUCCUGGCUCCAGGUGAAGAGGAGAACUUGGAGCUGGAGGAAGAGGAGGAUGCUGCAGCAGGAGCCGGUUCUACGGAGGCAUUCCCCCCUCGAGCCCCCGCUUCGCAAGGUACCUUGUUGCCACGGUUACCCUCAGAGCCUGGGAUGACACUACUUACACUAAAGAUCGAGAAGAUUGGGUUGAAGGAUGCGGGGCAGUGCAUCGAUCCGUACAUGACCAUCAGUGUCAAAGAUGUGAACGGCGUCGACGUGAACCCGGUGCAGGACACACCGGUGGCCUCCAGGAAGGAAGACACCUACAUUCACUUCAGCGUGGACGUGGAGAUCCAGAGACAUGUGGAGAAAUUACCUAAAGGAGCAGCUAUCUUCUUUGAAUUCAAGCACUACAAACCUAAGAAGAGGUUUACCAGCACUAAAUGUUUCGCCUUCAUGGAAAUGGACGAGAUCAAACCGGGCCCCAUCGUCAUCGAACUGUACAAGAAGCCCACGGACUUCAAGAGGAAGAAACUGCAGCUUCUAACAAAGAAACAACUCUAUCUGCAUCUUCAUCAGACGUUACUCAAGGACAGCUAAGUCUCAGCCCUGAACUUUAAAACCGCCUCUUUUUUAAUCUCUCUCUUUUAACAUCCACAUCCUGAAACAUGUGGUGCUCCACCUCAACACAUCCAGCAAUACCAGACCAAGGUUGUAGUCUUUUUUUUUUUCUCCACGGGUUUAUGAAGAAAGUAAAGGGAGUUAAACAUUA